AUGCCUCCCUCUCAACUCUCCUUGCGGGUUCCGGCGAAAAUCAACCCCCAGCUCCGCGUAGGACCCCUUCGACCCGAUGGGUAUCACGAUAUCACCUUGGUCUAUCAGGCCAUCUCCCUCUAUGAUACCCUCACAAUCUCACACGACCCCCAAGGCCCCACGAUCGAGGUGACCGGGAUCGAUCGAGACCGAAUACCAGCCGACGCACGGAACCUGGUCAUUAAAGCAGCACAUAUGCUUGCGGGCCGGGCCGAGAUUGCGCCGCGGUUACAUUUCCAGCUGGCCAAAUCCAUACCCACCGAAGCUGGACUUGGUGGUGGUAGUGCCGAUGCGGCAGCGGCCCUGGUAGGGUGCAAUAUUCUAUGGGGUUUAUGUCUGAGUGCCGAAGAGCUUAUGGCGAUGGGCGCACAACUGGGUGAGGAUGUGCCCUUCUUCGUUCAAGGCAUGAUGGCCCUGGGUCUCGGACAUAAACAGCCGCUGAGGACCUUGGAGCCCAGCCAGCAUACCUGGCACUGGGUGUUAGGCGUUCCCUUCCGAGGCCUAUCAACCAAGGCUGUGUUUGAAAAGUAUGAUGAAAUAUUGGCACGGUUCUCAAACAACGAGGAAGCCUAUUCGCUCCGGCGGCAGAAGUGUAUUGAGACUGCUUGGACCUUUCCUCCGGAGCAAUCAGUGACAGAUCUUGCGAAUGAUCUUGAGUUGCCCUCCAAAGAGCUCCUUCCCGAUAUUGCAACCGCAUUGGAAGCAGGAAGGUCGGCUGGGGCACUCGGAAGUAUCAUGAGUGGAUCGGGGUCAACAUGUGCCUUUCUGGCAAGGGACGAAAGCCAUGCGAAAGAAUUAAUGGCAGGUCUACAGAAAGAGAAAGUAUUCAGAGAAGUCAUUGCAGUCUCAGGGCCAGUAGCGGGUGUUACCGUUGCUAGUAAAUAG